AUGGCCGAAGUCGCAUCAGCACCGCAGCCCAACCAGCAGGUUCCGCUGGACACGAUCCCCAUCUCGCCAACUGAGAACUCCGCCGAGGGCGAGGAACAGUCUUCCACCAACAACGCCGGAGGCGAGGGCGAGAUCCGCACCGUCUUCCACGACCCCGAGAACUUCAACGUCAAGCACCCGCUCAUGAACACAUGGACGCUCUGGUUCACCAAGCCCCCGAGCGGCAAGGGCGACAACUGGGCCGAACUGCUGAAGGAGGUCAUCUCAUUUGACUCAGUCGAGGAGUUCUGGGGUAUCUACAACAACAUCACCCCCACAUCCGACCUUGCGCUCAAGUCCGACUACCAUCUCUUCAAGAAGGGCGUACGACCCGAGUGGGAAGACGCGCAGAACAAGCACGGAGGCAAAUGGGCCUUCCAGUUCAAGGACAAGAAGGUCAUCAACAUCGAUGCGCUCUGGCUCCAUGUUAUGCUCGCUGCCAUCGGAGAGAACCUCGAGGACGAGGACGACAAUGAGGUCAUGGGUGUCGUCGUCAACGUUAGGCGAGGCUUCUACCGUAUCGGUCUGUGGACCCGCACAGUCGGCCGCGCUAUCCCCGGCGAAGGCGGAAAGGGCAGGACCCAGGAGAAGGGCAAGGAGGUUUUGUUGAAGAUUGGCAAGCGGUUCAAGCAGGCGCUUCAGCUCAAGGAAAACGAGGCCGUCGAGUUCUCUGGUCACACUGAUGCUGCCAACGCCGGUAGCACCCGUGCAAAGGCCAAGUUCAGCGUCUAA